UUGUCUUAGAAACAAACUCCAGGCAUGAACACCUCCCGUCCUAGCUUAUUGCCAGAGUAUGAUCAGAGAAUGGAAGAAUGACUGUCAGAGGAUUGAAAAACAGAGGGCUAGUGACACAAUGGUCCAAGAAAGGAAGAAUGAAAAGCCAGUUAGAAUAUUUAAUACCAACUAUUCCUUUCAGGAUCAAGCCCCAAUGUGUUGCCAAGAGGAUCUGAGUUCUGCUUCACCGUUGCGGAUAUGGAGCAAAUUCUACAGAUCAGACCCACGGAUUGCCCUUGGGAAAUACUCCCCCUUGGAAAAAGAGAUCCUACGUCUAGGUGGCAUUCACACCAUAGCAGCAAGAAGGCUUUUGGCUUACAAGCAAGAGGAAGAAUGCAGAAUGCUCAAGGAACUACAGUUGCUGUCUCCGGACUACAAACGAGCCAUGGAGUAUAAAAAGAAACAUUCCUCUCCUUGUGCUGUUUGUGUACCCCUAGAAAAAAUAUGGACAGCAAAGGUGAUUGCGCCCCUGGAGGCAUUUAAAAUGCCACAACGAGAGCAGGUGAACGUCAGUAAGCACAUAGAGAGGAUGAGGCUUGCUCGGGCUCUGGGAAAUCAUCAGCCUUUACCCUACAUUGAAAGGUUUACACGCUCCUCAUUUCUGUCUGAGGUGGGCCUGGGUCCAAUGGCAAAAAAUAAGGCCAGACGAAAGGAAGACAACUAUGACACCCAUAAUUGUGACGAUGCCAACCAAGAUAAGAAAGAGGAGGCAGAGGGAAAAAACACAAAAAGACGAGAAAUAAAAAUGAAUGUAGUUUUCAAGUCAAAAGAACCAAAAAAAUGUUUAACAUACCAUGGAAAUGAUCGCAAAUCAUUCCUCCCCACAAAGAAACCGGAACGGUCCAUCGCAGGCCUAACAAACCGAAAUCUUUUCUGCAUAUCAGAAUUCCCUGGUGACUUAAUGCUAAUGAAUCAGGAUUUUAUAUCACGGAGAGACCACUUCAGUGAUCUGGUCAAGACCUACAGCCUGGAAGAAGAGAGUAUCUGGAAAGAGCGCAUGCGUAAAGCAACUCCUUAUCAUUAUUAAAGUUUUAUUUGUUGCCCAGGGUAA